AUCGAUGGCCCCCACGCCUACUUGGCUAAUGACGAGUACCGCCCCACAGCAUACGGCGACAUUGGCGACUACAUGCGCAAAAAGGACUUCAAAGUGCAGCGGCAAAAUCGGCAGCUUGCACUUCACGCUGCUGAAGAGGGGAUACCCCAAAUCUUCCAGGGCACGUCUUUCUACAUCAACGGCAACACGACUCCAGGCAUGGAAGUGCUCCGCCGCAUGAUCGUGCAGCGCGGUGGCGUUGUUCAGCCUUAUCUCCGCACGAAAGGGAGCAUCGACUACGUUGUGGCGCCAGUGCUCACUCUUGCCAAGUUCAAGGACCUCAACAAAGGCGGCGGGAAGCGGAUCGUACGGGAGGGGUUCGUGACCCAGUCUGUCGAGGAGGGGCGCGUGGUGGAUUGGAGGAAGUGGCGGCUGGUGGCGCAGGAGGAAGGCGGGCUGGCGGGGUUCAUGAAGAAGGACACGGAGGAGAAGACGGACUUCGGUGAAUUGAUCGACCUCGCUGACAUAGACUUGACCGAGCUCGAGGGCAAAAGCGAUGAGGUGGCUGGUCCUGACCUCGACACGAAAGAAAACGGUCAGAGUGUCGGGGAAGAACGAGCGUCUCCCUUGCCUCUUGCCGAGGAGUCAACAGUUGUGGAAGCCGAGGAGCCCGUGGAGGUCGUAGAAAUCGAGACAACGGACCCCGAUCCCAAUCGCCCAGGACGUGAGGGUGUGUGGGAGAACUAUGCCGUGCACAAGUCGAAUCCGCACGCUGCGCGGCUAAUGCAGACGGACGGUUUUCGCGAACAGAAGACUGCAGUCCAAGGGACGGCUUUCAUCGACUCCUUCUACCAGAACUCGCGAUUGCACCUUUUAUCGACCUGGAAGGCGGCGUUGAAGCUGCUCGUUGCGGAGGCGCGCGGUCUGGCGGAACAUGUCCCGCGCGUGCUGCCCCCGGCCAGCGCAGAGCGAGUGAUCAUGCAUGUCGACUUUGACGCAUUCUUCGUCUCUGCUGGCCUCGCAACCCGCCCUCAUCUGGUUGGCACGCCGGUCGUCGUGUGCCACUCGUCACGCGGCGGGCGAGACUCGACCUCGGAGAUCGCCAGCGCGUCUUACGAAGCGCGAGCUAUGGGUGUGCGCAAUGGCAUGAGUCUCGGCCGCGCACGGCAGCUCUGCGGCGAUGAGCUCGAGACCAUUCCCUAUGACUUUGAGACAUACAAGUCUCAUAGCACCGCGUUCUACGCCGUCCUGCUCGCGUAUGCCGACGAGCUCGAAGCAGUGUCCAUUGACGAGGCGUUACUGGACAUCACCGGCGCUGUGACGGCCUGCUCACUCGCCCCAGACGAAGCGGGCGCUGAUCCCGACCCCGCCGUCACAGUGGCUGCGCGCGUGCGCGCCGACAUCCUCGAGAAGACGGGGUGCAACGUCAGCGUGGGGAUUGCACACAACAUCCUGCUUGCACGGCUGGCGACUCGCCGCGCCAAGCCACCCGGCACAGGUAUUUUCCACCUUACACCACCCGACGUACAGGCCUUCCUGUCCGAGCUCGACGUGGACAACUUCCCAAGCUUCGGGUACAGCGCAAAGCGCAAGCUAGCCGACGCAUUCGGGGGCACGACCGUGAGCGCGCUCCUGCCGCUGUCACGGGAGAGCUUGCGGCGUGUGCUGGGCCCCAAGACGGGGGAUACGCUGUACAACUUCAUGCGCGGUAAUGACGACCGGCGGCUCGAGCCGGAGAAGGCCCGCAAGAGCGUCAGUGCCGAGAUCAAUUAUGCCAUCCGCUUCGCGGACCAGUCCGAAGCUGACGCGUACAUGCGUAACCUCGCACUGGAGGUGUCCAAGCGUCUGAAAGCUAUUGGGGCGAAGGGCAGGCAGGUGACGCUCAAGAUUAUGGCGCGCGAUCCAGAAGCACCGGUCGAGCCACCGAAGUUCAUGGGUCACGGGCGCUGCGAGACAUUCAACAAGACCGCCCCGCUGCCGCGACACACAGACGAUGGGGACUUGAUCGGGACAGAGUGCCUCAAGCUUCUGCAUGGGAUGCGGCUCGACCCCGUCGAGCUCCGCGGCAUCGGGAUUCAAGUGACCAAGCUCGAGUUUGGCAGCGAGAUGGCUGGAACGGGACAGCCAACGAUACCCUUCAAGCGCACGCCGAAACGCUCGCCCGGCGCCCUCGUGUCCAACACGCCCUCGCCGACGGGCACGGCGCCGCCCUCGCCUUCGCCUGCUGCGAAAGGCCACCUCUCCUCCGAGCUCGACCCUGACCUCCUCGCCGCUAUCCCGCCGGAGCUGCACGCCGACGCGCGCGCGCAGUUACGUGCUGCCAAGCGACGCCGGGAGCCCGCCGGGCCCGACGAGCCGCGCAAACUCAACGCCGCUGCGCACAUCACGAAGCAGCUGCGGCCCAAGAUUAAGACGCAGCUGCGCGCGGGCGAGAUCGCCGAGCUUCCGCUAUACUCGGCCUGGGGGCGAGCCGGGGCUGCGCGAGAGCCGCGAGUGGCACAACAGGCGCGGGAGUCGCGAGAGUCCUCGGCAGCAGUCAUUAUGGUUGACGACGAGGACGACGAAACGUCAGAGCUGCGCGCCCUCGGCAUUGAUCCCGACGUGUUCGCCGCGCUGCCGGAGGACGUGCAGGCCGAGGUGGUUGCGCAGGAGCGCGCGCGGCGGCCUGUCCGGGCUAAGCGGCGCAAUGGCGGAGGUGGAGGCGGCGGCGGUGGUGGCGGACGCGCAGCGCCCGUCGCGCAGCUGGCGUCCAAGCCGGCGCUGUUUGGCGAGCGGAGCACGGCUGGUGUCGCGGGCGUGCUUGCGGCGUGGGUGGCUAGCGGACCGCCAGCGCAUAGGGAUGUCGAGCGUGUCAAGGGAUAUCUUCUCAAGUGCCUCAAUGGCCUCACUGGCUUCGAGCACGUUACCGCCCUGCUCCGCUCCAUGCGGCUUGUCAUGGUAGAGGAGGAGUGGAGUGACGUGUGGGAGAGGCUGCGGGCCGCUGUGGACGAGGCCGUGAGGGAGAGGAUGGGGGCGGGCCUGCGUAUGUAG